AUGGCUGAGAAAUCCCAAGCAUGCGACAAGACAGCCAGCGAUGAUACGUUCAAGUCACUUGUGACCAAGGUGAAUCAGGAGCACCCCAAUACCAAAAUCAUCCCGUACCCCUUCAACGUUGCCAAGGAGGAAGAGACGCUGGUUCUCAUCGACGAGCUACUCAACGCCUUCGGACGCCUCGACGUUUGGGUCUCGUCGGCCGGCCUGCUCGGCCCACCGUCCAUUGCCGAGACGACGCCGGCAGACCUGCAGCGGUGUUUCGAGGCGCACUCGAUGGCGCCCUUCUUCGCGCUCAAGUACGCGCCCCCUGCCAUGGCCAAGCUCACGGAGAAGCAGUCGUACCCGAACGCGGCGCCCAAGACGCAGAAGUACGGCAGCAUUGUCGUCAUCGGCAGUGUGGCGUCGACGUACGGCGGUUGCUGGGGUCCCUGUUACACAGUAGCUUCGCACGCGGCCCUCGGUGUCGUCAAGGCUGGCGUCGCGGUACUCAAGGGCACCGGAGUGAGAAUCAAUUGCAUCUCACCGGGACAAAUCGACGUUGGUCUCGACUUGGACGGGUCUUCGAAGGCCAGCAUCGGCCUCGAGCGACCGGGCAGCCCUCAAGAGGUAGCCCGCGUAGCCGGAUUUCUUGCAUCGGGCUUCAGCUCCUAUGUCACGGGAGCGAACCUGGUCGUCGACGGCGGCUCCUCCCAAAUUGCUGCAGUCCGUGACCAGGAUAUUAUCUCAUUGGUGUUGAUUAGUGCUAUGAACCCGCUCACGAUUCCCAUCGGCAAAGCGUAG